AUGCUGGCUAUAGUACGAAGCGUACUUCCCCCUACCACCGCCAUCAUCUUCCGGCAGGGCAAUUGCCUAGAUAUCGUUCCCAGCCGCUUUUUCCUCGUUGAUGAGCCGCGUAAGUUCCCAGACCUGAGCGAUGGGAAAGCUCCCCUCCUCCAAGGUCGAAAAGCUGCUCCAUUCACACAACCAGGUCUCAAUCCACGCCCCAAUGGCGGAAUCAUGGCAACGAAGAAGGCAAGCGGCGAGAAGGCUGGAGAUUCCGAUGGAGUAGACGUUUUCGCGGAAGCAGGUUUGCUUAUCCGGGCCGGCGACGAUGCGAAGAAUGAUUUGGAUCCAGUGAUUGGUUUCUGUUUCUAUUUCCAUUUCUGCUUCUGCUUCUGUCUCGGUGGUGGUGGUGUUUGA